AUGUUUAGCUAUGGUUCCAAUAAUUGUGCCAAGAACGUAAAUAAGUGGUUCGGAAUCACCCAGUUACUGCCAUUAGUAGGAGCAUUUGUUUCGGAUUCUUAUCUGGAUCGAUAUCGCACCAUUAUCGUCUCUUCUCUUGUCUACAUCCUGGGACUAGGUUUGCUAACUAUGUCUGCAGUGUUUACUUCUCACGACCCUUUUGACUACCAAAUCAUUGAGAAAAUCAUGUCAUGUUCUUCUCAGCUUCAAUUAAUCUUCUUCUUUUUCUGUCUAUAUCUGGUAGUAGUUACCCAAGGUGGGCACAAGCCCUGCAACCAAGCUUUUGGAGGUGAUCAAUUUGAUGGACAAGACUCAAAGGAAUGCAAAGCAAAAGACUACUUUUUCGACUCGUGGCCUUUUUGUCUAUGCAUCGCUCUUUCACUAAGUGUGAUGACCUUGAGCUAUAUUCAAGACAACCUUAACUGGGUUCUUGAAUUUGGAAUCCCUUGCAUUAUGAUGGUGGCGACUUUGCUCAUUUUCUUGCUUGGAACUAGUACUUAUCAGUAUAGUUUCAAAAGAGAUGAGAAAAACCCAUUUAUUAGAAUCAUUAAAGUAUUUGUUGAAGAGAUUAGGAAUUGGACAGUAAGCCCAUCAUAA